CAUACUUCGCAUGAAGCCAUUUGGCCAUUUCACAGAAGAGCGCAAGUCACCAAGAUGGAGGAAGUGAAGACCCAUUCUAGCGUGGCUUUCCUAAAUGUGGCUCCAAACUAUGUGCCCCACACCAAGGUGGAAUGUCACUACAACCUUCCCCCAGGCAUGAAACCUUCAGCAAGAGACUGGAUUGGCAUCUUCAAGGUGGAAGCCUCUUCAGUCCGUGAUUACUAUACCUUUGUUUGGUGCACCCUGCCAGAUGGGGGAUCUUCUUCAGGAGCCCUUCUUCACUGCAGCGUCCAGUUCCAAGCCAGCUACCUGCCAAAGCCAGGCCACCAACAAUACCAGUUCCGUUACGUGGAUCGCCGUGGAGAAGUCCGUGGCCAAAGCUCCCCAUUCCAGUUCAGUGAGCCACGCCCUAUGGACGAGCUUGUCACCCUGGAGGAGGCGAGCGAUGACGGUGGCGGCACCGACAUGUUAUUGGUGGUCCCCAAGGCCACCCUGCUAGAGACUCAGCUGGAGGCAAGCCGGCAGGAGCAGGGAGCCCUGUUGAAGGAGUCGUGCCGCCUGAAGGAUGAGGUUCAAGAACUGAGAAGCCGCGUGGACGAACUUGAAGCAGCCCUCAGCUCGCUGCGUGACGAGCACACCAAGCUGGCCGGACAGUACAAGGAAUUAUCAAAUUCUUAUGAGGAAGUGUCUAAACAGAAGGAGACCCUGAGCCUUCAAGAAACCGAGCACUUGGCCCGGGUCCGAGAACUGGAGGGUGAUAUCCAAGCAAUGGGUGAGAAGGUGCUGCAGAGGGAGACAGAACUUGACAGGGUGAAGGACACUGUCAAGUCUCUUCUGAGGGAGCAGGAACAGAUUCACAAUCAGCUCAGAGAGGAAAAUGCUGAGAAGGAGCAGUACCAGGUGAAGCUGCAGGCCUCGGAGGAGGAGAGCCGCAACUUGGCUUCUGAUCUGCUGGAAGCCAAGACCCUUCAUGGCGAGAAAGUUUCGCAGACUCUGCUGCUAAAGGAGGACAUCACCAAGUUGCAGCAAAAACUAGCUGCCGCCAAUCGCCGUACUGCUCAGAUGGAGGCCGUGUGUGAGCAGCUUCGCUCCACGCAGGACAUCCUGGCAGCCAGCCAGCAGAAGGUGGCGCUGUUGGGGGAAGAGUUGGCCAGCGUCGCCUCCAUCCGGGACCGUACCAUCUCUGACUUGCACAAGAGCCGUCUGGAAGCAGCGGAGAUCAACAUCAAACUGGCCGACAUGACCCUCAAGUGGAAAGAAGGCAAAGGGCAGUGGUGGAAGGAGAAGACCACUCUGUUGCAGAACAUGGAGGUCGAGAAGGACAAGAUCCUGAAACUGAGUGCUGAGGUGUUGCGCCUGGAGAAGAGCCUGCAAGAAGAGCGGGCACAGUGCCAGGUCUUGCGCAUGGAGCUGGCACAGGAGCGUGACUCUAGUCUGGUGCAGGUCUCCGAGAGCCGCCGGGAGUUACGCGAGCUCCGGGCUGCACUGCAUGUUGCCCAGAAAGAGAAGGAGCACCUGAAAGCCGAAAAGCAGGAGCUGCUGACGUACAUUCGGCGCCUUGAAGAACGUCUGGAGAAGGUCGCUGAUGAGAAAUGGAGUGAAUCGGUUCUAGAUGAUGAAGAGGACACGGCGCAAAACGCUCAUGACUCCCUGGACUCACCACUAUCCGACUCAGAGGACGAGUGCCCCGAGGACAUGCGCCUGCCUGCCCAACUCGGUUCCUACAGCCUGUGUGACAACCGAGCAGCUACCACCACGCCACCCUGUACCCGUGAACUGGCUCAUGCCGUGGUCAUCAGCCAGCCUGCCCCCAUUGCUGGUCAGAUCAAACAAACCACGGAGGACUCCAGUUCUGACUCGGAGGCAGAGGACGAGAAGGCCGUACUGAUGGCAGCUGUACAGAGUGGUGGCGAAGAAGCCAGUCUCCUCCUCCCAGAGCUGGGCAACGGCGGCUUCUAUGAAGUGGCCAGCGGACUGACAGCAAGGCAGAUGUCGGAAUCGGGGCCCUGCGGGAUGGGCGCAUCCCCCUUGGACCUGCCCUCACCAUCGCUUUGGAAGGAGUGUCCCAUCUGCCAUGAGCGCUUUCCACCCGAGAGUGACAAAGAAACCCUGGAUACGCAUGUUGACGGGCACUUCUUUUUUAACACUCAUGACCCCUUCCCUUUUGAGUGACCUCAUUCCCCCCCCCCCCCGUUCCGUGUUCCCUUGGCUUCCCCUCACCCUCUUCAAUGGGACCCAGGCUGGGAUAUCCUCUCCCGUCCAUGGAGAGUCUUGUAAGAGGGAUGCUGUGCCCCUGCUGAGAGGCCUCAGGUGCUAAGUGGCAACAGGGGGGGCGGGUGGGUAUCUUCUUCCUGGGGCCUUUUCCAAGGUAGCGUAGUCCGCCAGCUUGUGUUGGGAGCCACCAAGUAAGCCCACACACAUAUACACACACGUUAAACCAAAAUUGGACCGAAAGCUCAGAAUUUUAAUAGUAGGCUUCCUUUAAUCUUUUGGAAAUGUUUUGGGAAGCGCCGGUAGGGAGGACCUGUUCACACCAGUGGUUAUCCUCCAGUGUCAUGAUUUUGAAAAAGAUCGCAAUCCCUGGCAAAACCAAAGGGCUUUGGACUCUCCACUCGUCCAUCCUGGAGAAAACAGGCAAGCAGAAGCCACCUUUAUGGAUGACGUUCACCGUUCAGUGGAGAAAUUAUCAGUCAUGACCACACCCGAGGAGGUAUAACUGAAACACUCCGGUGUUCCAUGUAUAUAAGAGUUUUUAACACCCGAUAAUAACUUGAGACAGCUACAUCUUUGCACUGCCGUACCACACACUUGACUAACCCGUUCAUCAAAAGAUGACCAUUGUAUCCUCCUACAUUGUUUGCGUGGGAGAGAGAACUCCGAGAUUCACACAAGCGUUCAUUACCAAUGGCCAUACUAAUCUAAUCUGCACAGUGACCGAUCAUUAGUAGAUGUGUGCAUGCAUGCACACACACACACACACACACAUAUUUUGGAUUUGUCACUUGCAAACUUAAGACACACAUUUUGCUAUUCCACUUCUUGACAGUGGAGAGUCACAGCUCCGCUCAAUAGGACGUAAAGAUAGACAUCUAAGAAUUUUCACUGGGACAGUUCAUAGAACUUUACACUCUGUCCUUCCUUAGGUGCAGCUUACUUUUAGGAGUAGCCAGAACAUAGAGCAUCACAGAAGUACUGGAGAAAUGAAGGAAGAGGUGGCCUAAGGAGUUGGGGGGGGGGAGGCGGAAAGUAUUUUAGAAGCGAUCAAAGGACGAGAGAGUCACAAGAUCUCACACAACUGAAGUGGCCAUUUCAACAAGGUCUCCCAUUUUAUGCCCUGGUGUUUACCGCACAGGGGCAGGCAUGUUCCUAUCGCUACUGUGGCUACUGAUAUAGCGCAGCGGCAAUGGGGCUUCCACAUAGCAGGUUUCCCUGCAGUCUCUAUGCCCCAGUCCCCCAGCAGCGGCCAUUUCCUCUCCCCCAGACCACCCGAGCUUUAUUGACGUUUUCCAAAAAAAAAAAAAAACCCUCUUCAUCUGAAUAUUGUUAUAUCAGGUUGUCUGAAUUCCCAGCUUUCAUUUUUUUAAAAAAAAGUGUCUAGUCCAUUUCAUUGUAGAGAUAGGCCUUUCCCUUUACGUCUUCCCAAUGAAAGGGGCUGGAGAUUCGUUUUUUCUAAAAAAUGAAAACUGGUAAUUUGGAGAACCUGUUGCACAUAUUGGUAUACUGUCAUAUCCAUCUAACAAUAUUCAGUUGCUGGUUUAAAAAAACAACAACAAAGAAGCCCCCUAUGGCAGUAAAUGGGUGCUCUAAGGAAAAUGGCUGCCAUGAAAGCAGGAAAAUCCCACAUGGCAGCCAUGUGGGCUUUACUGCAGUCUUUCCCAUGCAGCAGAGUAGAUUUGAGAAAGAUUAGGGGAGAGCCAGGGAAACUUCAAGAGGUACAUGAAUGUGCCUUGAUGGUGUGGAGAAGCAGGAACAAAAUCUGCUUCCCAACAGAGUAGAACCCAGAGGAAAUGGCCCCAGUUUGAAAACGGCAGAGUAACCACAAUGGUUUCAAAUUCACAGUUGCAUCAGCUAGAAACCCCAUUUCCCAGAUUCAUUGAAAGGAUAGGAAAAUUCACCCUUUGACUGGAUUAAUGACGAAUUUUAAAAGGGCAAAUGUAUGCUAAAUGUUAACUAACGUGCAUGAACUAGUCUUGACGACAUGCCUUCAGAGGGAUUUGAAUCUUGUCCAGGAAUCCAAGCCACAAACACACCAUGUACCUAGAACUUUCUCUAGCAUGGCCACAGAUUUUAAGCUUCUCAGUGCUGAAACUGAAAGGGGGAGAAUGGGGGAUAUAUCCUUGCAAUAAGAGAUCUUGGAGCUAAAACAAGUUAGCAGGUGUCUCUCAUGGGGUAUCUGGGUUGUACCACGUCUGAUUGCAAGUUGGAGAUCAAAGGGUUGGAUGCGCCCCUACGCUAAGAGUGCAAUCCUAAACAGAAUAGCAAAGAGACCAGUAGCACCUUUAAG